AUGAGAGAGAUAGAUUCUAUUGAAGAAUUUGAAAAUUUGCUUCGCGCUACUGCUGCCAAUGAUCAAGUUUUGGUUGUCGAUUUUUUUGCAACUUGGUGUAGACCUUGUAUGUUAGUUGCGCCACUGUAUGAAGAACUGAGUCACAAAUUUUACAGUUCCGAUGUCAUUUUCGUGAAAGUUAAUGCUGAUUCCGGUCAGGAAAUUUCACAUCGGGAAAUGGUUUCUGCUCUUCCAACUUUCAAAGUAUUUAAAAAAGGCAGUUGCCACCACACUAUAACUGGAGCACAUAUUGAUAGCUUAGAGGAGGCUGUGUUGGAUGCUUACUUUGAUGACUCUGUUAAAGAAUUUCUCUCUGGUGGCUUGGAUUCUUCCAAACGAAUGGCUAGGUCGAAGCUUCUAAAUAUUGUGACUCAGGCUGCUCUAAAAAUUGGCGAUAAGAAACCUUUCGAAUUGAAGCUGUCCGACCCUGUCUUCGAAAAUUACUUUCUGAUUAUACCGGGCUGCAUGCAAUACCUUUUUAAUAUGGGUUUUCAAGAAAAGACAGAUUCUCUUGUACUUCCAGCUUCUGCAAACCUACGACAAAUGGAUAGGUUGAUUCGACAGCUAAGAGGCUUUCGAAAACCUCCAAUUAAACCUGAUCGAUAUCCUUUUAUCUCACGAUUGGAGAAUUAUCGGCGUCAAGUGGCCCUGUGCGCAAAUCCAGAUUAUCAAAAAAAGGCAUUAAAUGAUAUCCCUCUGGACAAACUGCUUCGAGAAGCGGCCGAGACUAACGACGUUUCUCCAGAAAACGUUAAACCUCAUCAACUCCUUCGGGCUUUUCUGCGGUGGUUCAAAGAAGACUUCUUUGAUUGGUUCGACAACUGCGUCUGUGAUGAAUGUGGCUCCACGAUGAAAGCUCAGUCUGCUGCCCCAACGGCUACUGAAUCAAAGGAAGGAAUGGCUUACACUGUAGAAGUCUACUCGUGUCCCAACUCGGCCUCCCACCCACAGCAACGCUUUCCACGCUUCAAUGACCCAUUGAAAUUAAUGCAAACUCGCAAAGGGCGAUGUGGUGAAUGGGCGACGUGUUUCUGCUUCAUUUUGGCCUCGUUGAAGAAGGACACUACAUGUGUAAGGAAAGGAGACGGAUUGCAUGGGGAAAAGAUGGAAGAUGCCUGGUUCCAGGGUGUUCGGUUGGUGUUCGACCAGACUGAUCAUGUCUUUGUAGAAGUAUGGCUUACGGAUCUAGAAGGCUCUGAUUCAGGAAGAACUACUGUUGGCAGCAAAGGUCGUUGGGUUCAUGUGGACCCUUGUGAACAACUUGUUGAUGCUCCACUAGUAUACGAACUGGGAUGGAAAAAAGAGCUUUCCUACAUUUUCGCUUUAUCCGUUCCUCCACCAAUGGAUAAUGCUAACCUUCGAUAUCAAGCUGUGGAUGUUACCGAUGUGGUUUGGAAAUAUACAGCCGAUUUCUCUGGUGUUGUUCGACGUCGGAGGUUGAUUUCAGAAGUUGUGCUAGCACAGUACCUCGCUCAAGUUCACAAUGAAUCGGCUCAAGUUAUUCCUGCACGGUUCAAGCCCCCAUUUGGUUUGAAGGUCAUGGUUCAAGAACUUGCCAUAAUGUGUAAACCUCUUAAUCCGUCUCAGGAUUCCUUUCAA